AUGGUCACCUGCUUCCUUGCUAGUACCACUGCAUGUAACAAAGGGUCUUCAGUGUCUCCCUGCCAGAACCCUCUUGCCCCUGUGCCUACAUCUUCACCCUUGCAGCCUGACUUAGUUGUGUCCCAGAAUAAUACUGGCAGCAUCUUGACUCCCAACCACCACGUACUGAACUACAUGGAAAAAAGACACACUGGCCUGCAUGCUGUGCAGGAGGAGCCACACACUAGAAGCUUGCAGGCAGAUUCUGCAGCCCCCACAGACCAGCUACGCCUCCCAGAAGCCACAUGGAAUGACUUGAGCCUGUUCUCUGCACUCUUUGCAUUCACACUUGAUGGAAGAGCAAGUCUGGAUUAUAAACCGGGAGCUGCCGAGGACCGGCAUGGCAUCAACUUGAGCACUCUGAAACUCGACACGUCUCUGGCCCUUGGGGCACAAGCUAAAAUUACAGGCUCCCCAAAGCUUUCCCCUAAGGGGCUGCAGGCAUCCUCCAAGGGGGACCUGCGGUUGCCUUCCCUACAGGCAUCCAAAGUGGCCAUUGAAGCAAUGGACUCUAAUGCUGAAGUGGUACCAGCUAAUCUCUCAGAACUGAUGGUGCUUGGGACAGAUACUAGCACUAUGCACUAUGACCCAUUGCACUCCACUCCAAAGGCAUCUGCACAGCCACUACGUGCUUCUCCAGAUGCUGUCUCCCUUGCUCGUUUAAGUCCAAGCUCUGGUACAAAGCAACCAGCUGCUGCAGACAGUCUCACUAUGCUGGAAAUGACCACUCCAGAGUCCUCUUCAGAACAGGGUCUCCUUGGGGUCCCUCAUAGUCCAGUAACUAGAUCUCGCUCUCAAAGUGAUGCUGUAGUCAGUGAUAUUUCUCAGCUGACUGAUGCUAUUACCAAUGCUCCCUUGCUGGCUGCAACUGGAAUUGGCCUUUAUGAAGCCAUACAUCCCUAUGAGCCCCUUAAAAUUGAUGUGGAGACUGCUAGCACUUCCCCUGGAAGAACUCAUCCGCCAGCCACAGCUGCAGCGACUGCCAAGUGGGUGGCGACAAUCGAAAAGGGUCACACUUCAAAACUUGAAUUCAAGGCUUCAAAACCGAGCUUCUCCCCUAAGCCGAAGAGUGGGCCAGCAAGCAGACCUAAGUCACCUGUGCAUAUCCUACCUCUGCAGUUCCGCCUCCUUGGGGCUGCCUACACAGAGCUCCUGAAGAACAAGUCUUCAGAUGUCUACAAGAAGCUGGAGAAGGAAGUGAAAUUAACUCUAAACAAGAUGUUCUCCAACUACAAGAACUUCCUCCAAGUGAACAUUCUCCAGUUUUUGAAUGGCUCUGUCAUUGUUGAGAGCGAGGCUCUAUUCCAGGAAGAUGGCCCUGCUCCCACAAACUCAGACCUCAUCCGUACAGUUGUCACAGAAGUGGAAAGGAAAAUGGACACCUUUUAUGACUGGAGAGUGGAUGUCACAUCUGUCCGCUCAAAUGGUUUCAGCCUGGAGAAUCUAGAACCAGAAAAGCUGUUGGUCUCCUUUACUGCUCUGAGGCUGGGUUCGAUUGCAGCAUUCGGUGGCGUGCGCAGCCAGGGCCCUCUGGACCAACUAAAUGAUGUGCCAAAAAAAACCCCAACUGCACUGGAACAUACUCAAAGGCCUGUCCCGGCAGCCUCUGCUAGAGCUGCACCUUCAGAAUGGAAGCCCACCUCAGCAAUGUUGGGAAAACACAAAGUAAAAGAGGUGUCCACUAAGGCAGCUAACAUCAGUGGGGUGACACCGCCUGCUCUUGGGCGGACCUCAAUCAGCACAGCUGCGUCCAAGGCUACCCCAGUCAAAACCAGAACAGCUGCUUCACUGCCACUGCCUCCAGCACAAAGAACAACUGCACAACUUACAAACCUUCCCCUGACUUCUGGACCCAAGGCUCCUGUUUUCCAGCCCCUCGCUGAAGCCAAACCUAGUGGGGUGACUUCCCUUCACACUGCUGCCAGAAUUCUACCCACAGCAAAGAGAACAGCCCUGCUAACUAGUGCCAGAACUCCUGCCACACCUUGCCUGCAGCUUCCUAUUCUACCAAAGCCAACUCAGCUGAUGCCUUGGAACAGGAGCAAUGCACCAACACCGCUUAGACUCCCUACUUCAGUCUUGUCAACCCGCUUGCUUCUAAGCUCCCGACAUGGGUCAACAGCUAAAACAGGCCUUCAUGUGUUAACUAGAACAAUAGGUUCUGCCUUGCAGCCAGCCACAGCUGCAGCGACUGCCAAGCGGGUGGCGACAAUCGAAAAGGGUCACACUUCAAAACUUGAAUCCAAGGCUUCAAAACCGAGCUUCUCCCCUAAGCCGAAGAGUGGGCCAGCAAGCAGACCUAAGUCACCUGUGCAUAUCCUACCUCUGCAGUUCCGCCUCCUUGGGGCUGCCUACACAGAGCUCCUGAAGAACAAGUCUUCAGAUGUCUACAAGAAGCUGGAGAAGGAAGUGAAAUUAACUCUAAACAAGAUGUUCUCCAACUACAAGAACUUCCUCCAAGUGAACAUUCUCCAGUUUUUGAAUGGCUCUGUCAUUGUUGAGAGCGAGGCUCUAUUCCAGGAAGAUGGCCCUGCUCCCACAAACUCAGACCUCAUCCGUACAGUUGUCACAGAAGUAGAAAGGAAAAUGGACACCUUUUAUGACUGGAGAGUGGAUGUCACAUCUGUCCGCUCAAAUGGUUUCAGCCUGGAGAAUCUAGAACCAGAAAAGCUGUUGGUCUCCUUUACUGCUCUGAGGCUGGGUUCGAUUGCAGCAUUCGGUGGCGUGCGCAGCCAGGGCCCUCUGGACCAACUAAAUGAUGUGGUGGUUCGGUCUUUGGGCACCCUGUACAAAGUGAAGAAGUUCUCAAUUGUCAGACUCAGGGACAUCAAAGGUGACCUGGAGAUCAGUGGGGAAGCCUAUGUUGACACACAAGCUCAUGCUGACGUCAGCCAGAUUCUACAGGCACUGAGGGCUCUUGUUAACUACUCCGUAGACUUGACAACUCUCUCUGUGGCUGAUGCAAGGCUGAACUUGAAGGUUUUCCCCAUUUCCUUCCUGAUCAACAACUGGAUGGUCGAUGAGAAGCUGCUGGAUCAUUCUUCUGUGGAACACCAGAGUGUCACCAGGUCCCUGGCUGACGUGCUGACACACACCCUGAGGAAGUACCAAAGCCUCCUGCAAGUGGUCAUUCGAGACCUCCUAAGCGGCUCCCUGAGCUGCCAUGGGGAUGUUGUGUUCCAGCACCCUGCCCCUUCCAGUGCAGAUGUCCUGCAGACGCUCCUCCUCUCAGUUGGCCCGGAUGACAUGCUGGCUGGGUCAGGCUUCCAGGUGGACCCAUACUCUUUCCAUGUGGCAGGUAAGACUAUUGGGGGAUCUAGGUGUUCUACAGGAGUCCUUCAGAACUGGUCCGGUCCCCCGCUGCAGUCUCGUUACAAUGGCAAGGUGUAG